AUGAUAGACAUAAGUAUGUACGGAAAUCAUUCUUCGCACACCAGUGGGUUUCAGAACAGUGAUCUUGGGACUGGAGGCUACCCCUAUUUCACAGCCGGACACCAUCAUCACCACCACUUUCACCAGCACCAAAGGCAUCCUGCACCGCAACAACAUCAUACAAAUUCCGCUAACAGCAGUGCGCAUAAUGGUAGCACAUCUGCGAAUCAUAGAAACAGCAGCAGUAUCAGUUGCAACUCUAGUAGCAACUCUACGGCGUCUUCUAACAGCGGCAAUAGCAAUACCACUAGUAGUGCAACCGCGAACUGCUCUAAUAAUACGCCCACGGUGAACAUUCACCCGGCUUCGUAUACUCACGCACCCCACCUCUACAGCCCGUCUGCGAUCGAGUAUGGCAUCACUACCUCCAGCUCGCCGACGAACGAUUUGUACUUCGAAAACGGCGAUAGUCAAAGUGCUAUUUAUUACGGACCCGGGCAUGCCACUGUUCCGGGCCCGUUCCAGGAGAACCGUAUCAUAAGCGCGGACAAUGGGCUAAGCUACACAAACCUUGAUUAUGCCAUGUACCACCAGGCACAGGCGCAGGAUUGCGCAGACGCUACCUCCGGGUAUGUUGCGCACCAACACGAUACCAAAUUGCAUCUGCACCGCUACGGUGCGACCACCUUUUCUGGUGCUGUAACGGACGACGUGGUUGCCAGUGAUCAUCACCAUCACCUUCCCCAUAAUCACCUUCAGCACCAUCCACACAUCGCCCUACCUCACCAUCUUCCACAUCCUCACAGCUCGGUUUCUCCAGGCAUUGCGCCAGCUGGGGCCAGCGGAUCAACUGCCACCUGGGGCCAACUGUACCCCGACGCGGUUGGUUCGCAACAGCAGCAUUCGCAUCUACAGCCACAGUCCCACAGUCAGCAACAGCACUCUGUUACACAGUGUGGCUCGAAUGUUGCUACCUCUGGGAGCCUUCUCGAGGCCCAAGCUCUACUAAGCACAAGUGCUUCUGACGACGGAGACAGCAACAGCGGGGGAGGUGGGGGUGUUGGCGGUAGCUUCUCCCACCUACAACAUCAUACCCACCACCACCAACACCAUCACCACCAUCCCCACCAUUCGCACCAGCAACAGCACCACCAUCAUCACCACGGUAGUCUGCCACAGCAUAGUGGAAUGCAUGGUCAGCAGCAGCAACAACCGUCGCCGAAUCCGCAUUCGCAGCAGCACUCACAGCAGCAGCAGCAGCAACAACAUCAGCAACAGCAGCAGCAAAAUCAACAAAAUGCACCGACCUACAAGUGGAUGCAAGUCAAACGAAACGUGCCAAAGCCUCCAAUGACCAAGCCCGUACCAAUAUCAACGCCACCGGAAUAUCACAUCCCCGCACAUGUUCUCGAUCCUCUCCGAGGAGUACCAAACCAUGCAACCGUAGCUCCUACCACUGUGUCGCCCCACCAGUCAAGCUUUCUGAUGAACAAUAACAGUACGGGCCGAACUAAUUUUACCAACAAGCAGCUAACAGAAUUGGAGAAAGAAUUCCAUUUCAAUAAAUAUCUUACACGAGCAAGACGAAUAGAGAUAGCAAAUGCUUUGCAUUUAAACGAAACACAAGUAAAAAUCUGGUUCCAAAAUAGGCGCAUGAAGCAAAAGAAGCGUGUUAAGGAAGGUUUAGUCCCGCCGGAAGUGCAAAGCCAAUCGCCGAAACACUCCGCCAUCAUCAACGAUUCCUCAUCCGUGGGCUCUGCAGCGACAACGGCAGCGGGAGCAAUUACGACUGCCCCUGGAACUACGAUCUCUUCAACCCUGAAUGAAAGCAAUGAAAAUAGUCGCGAAUCAACCACCAUCUAG